UCUGAUUCACUUGUUCUCCAUUGUCGCCUUGUAACUCGAGUCAUAGAUUCGACUCUGAUUCACUUGUUCUCUAUUGUCGUCUUAGGGAACCCGAGUCAUAGAUUCGACUCUGAUUUUGCCGAUGAGGGACAUAGCCAUUGCUUUUGAAAACAAAUAAAAUUACCAUUACACUACAAUCUGGGUCCCUACGAUUCAAUUUGGGUUCCCUUGGACUAUUUGCUUUUUAGAUCAUGUGGACUAUUUUACUAUAAUGGAUGUCUCAGAUCAUUGUGUUUAUUCGUUCUGUCAUUAUCUCAUUCUCUCUUGGCCAACGACAAAAGAAGGGCAGAAUUUAGAAUAUGAAACUUUCGUCAAUGAGAAACCUAUUUGAGGAAGCAUUUCGGAGAGGAGGGUUACGUGCUAUUCCAAACGAGCGAAUAAUAAAAGAGGUUUGUAUAUCAAGUGGGCCAAGGCGAAAAGUCAUACGAUGUCAGGAUGCGAUUUUAUGAAACAAGCUGGUUGAGAUUUGAGAUUGCGGAUGGUGGAUAAAUAAGAUUAAAAAUUCAGGUGGUGGGUGAAUAAGAAUAAAAAUGACAAAGUUGAAAGGCAAGUAUAUAAGUUCAAUUCCGUUGGAACUAAUUGAUUUCAUCCGUCAUAACUAUACAGGGAAAUGGAGGAGAUUGAGAGGUUGAUGGGUACACUAGUGCAGAUUGCAGGCUCAUCUGAAUUUUGUACGGAGGAUGAAAGAUGGAGAUUGGCAGAAAAGAGGAUUAUGAAAAUAGCAACAACUGUGGGGCCUAAGGCAGUCAUGGGUUUUCUGUUGGGUGUACUACGGAGGGCAAAUAUGCCAGAGGAGGUGGUCGACGUGGUUGCAAAGACAAUGGCUCUCUGCUCUGGCCCCUGCGCCGCUCCUCCCCGCCUCCGCUUUUUCAUUUUCUCCCCUUCCCUCACAAUUCAUAUUAAUGAGAUGGAUUACAUACAAGGUGGGUUGGGCUGGAAAGUGUGGGGUGCAGCUCUAAUUCUGUCUUGGCGCCUUUUAGCGUUGAAGGAUAUGGUUCGUGGAAAGAAUGUCCUAGAACUCGGAAGUGGUUGUGGUCUUUGUGGGUUACUACUUGCACACUUGGGUACUGCAAAGGUGGUCUUGACUGACAAUGUUACAGAUAUUUUACUCAACCUCAGAAAGAAUAUAUCUAGACUUACUAUAAAUGACCACAGUGAAUUGAAGCCAUAUAGGCAAGUAAGCCAGGAGAAAUUUCUUUCUAAUAAGGAGCAAUUUAUGGUUGGUCUUGAACAUCCUCAAGGGAACCAUUUUCUUGAUUAUCUAUAUGAAAAAAGUGCAGCAGAAGAAUGCACAUGUUCUUGUCUUAUAAGUGUACGGAAGCUAGAUUGGUUGGAGGAUGCUGCUAUAGCAUCACACGACUCAUUUAGUGAGAUUCAGGCUCCAGAUAAAUUCCCUGGGGUGGCAGUGAAUGAAAAAUUUGAUUGGAUAGUUGGAAGUGACUUACUUUAUGAUAAAAAAUGCUCACUUGCAUUAGCUCAAGUAAUUCAGCAUCGUCUAUCAACAUUUGAUGGUAAGGCUCUCCUUGUAACUCCAGUUCGAGAAAAAGAGAUACUAGAACAAUUUUUGAAAGAAUUAGACCAACUAGGCAUGUUAACAAAAGUAGAAGAAGUGGAUCAGCAAGAGUGGAAUAACUGCAAGCUUGCAUCAUGCACACUAGAUGGAGAUGAUUCCCUUGAUGAAGAUGGUACAAUGUAUGAUAUGGAGCACUAUGAGGGGGGAAUAGUGGCUUUAUAUAUAACCCGAAAGACUAAUAGUUAAAGAAUAAAUUAAUGAAAGAUUUUUAAAUUUUUUUCAAUUAAGCUCCAUGAGUAUUCAGAAUAUCCAUCAUAUCUUCAUAUGUUAAAUAUUUGAUCUUGAGAUUACACUGUUGUUUCUUUACAUUGUGGAGAAACACUAGAUCAGAUGUUAAAAAAAUAUGUCAUACAAAUGUUUUGAUUAAGAUAAACAGGGAUUUUGAAAGGUCCCAGACCCUUGAAUGAACAGAAAGAAAAGGUAUGCCAUGCAAAUGUUGGUUAACACUGCAACAUAUUGAAAAUAAAAUAUUAUUUGUUGA